GAGGCAGAGUGAGCACAGAGGAGAGGCUGUCAGGAUCCAAUUUAGGUUUAGAGGAGAGACACAGGAGGAGAAAGCAAGUCAGACAGUGAGGAAAAGGGAGAAACAGGAGCCCGAGGUGAAAGAAAGUGUUUAUGUUCAGGAUAGUCAUGGCUCUGCAACGUUGGGAAACUCUUCUCCUGCCUGGAUUAGACUUAAGGAAGACCAGUGGUCUGUAGCAGCAGCAGCAGCAGCAGCAGCAGCAGCAGCAGCAUCAUCACCAACACUCCUGUCCGUCAACAUGCCGUCUGUCUCUCUCAGCCUGCCAGCAGCUCUGGCUGGACCUGCACGCACCUGGGUCUGCCUGUCCUGCAUGUUCUGGCCAGAGGAGUUGGAGGCUCUUCAUUCCCAUACGUUCCGGGUGAAGACUUUCAAGAAGGCCAAGCACUGCAGCGUUUGUAAACAGACCAUCAUCCAGGACGGACUCGUCUGCCGAGUGUGCCGAAUACCUUGCCACAAGAAAUGUGAAGUCAAGGUGUCUUCAUCUUGUGUUCCAGCAACAAACUAUGAGCUGGCCCCAAGCGGUGACCUCCCUCUCAAACAUGUAGACACCAUGGGCUCAACAAAAUCGUCAAAGAGCAUGGAGUCACGGCGCAGACCAUCAAGGAGUGUGAGUUUGCUGCAGGCUCUGGAAGAGAGCUACGAGUUGGACCUGAUCUAUAUCACAGAGAGAAUCAUCUCCGUCUCCUUCCCCAGCAGUGUGGAUGAGCAGAGUUAUGCUGCUAACCUGCAGGAGGUCGCCUCCAUGCUGCGCUCCAAACACGGUCACAACUACCUGCUCUUCAACCUCAGUGAGAAGCGUUAUGACAUCAGCCAACUUAAUCCAAAGGUCUUGGACUUUGGCUGGCCUGACCACCAUGCUCCAGCCCUGGACAAAAUCUGCAGCAUCUGCAAGGCCAUGGACACUUGGCUGAGUGCGGACAGCCACAAUGUGGUGGUUAUACACAACAAGGGCAACCGGGGCAGAACGGGAGUGGUGGUGGCGGCCUACAUGCAUUACAGCAAUAUAUCUGCCAGCGCUGACCAGGCUCUGGACAGGUUUGCCAUGAAGCGCUUCUAUGAAGACAAAGUGCUUCCUGUGGGCCAGCCAUCACAGAAAAGAUAUGUAGAGUACUUCAGUGGCUUGCUCUCUGGACACAUCAAGAUCAACAACAAACCCUUGUUCCUUCAUCAUGUUAUCAUGCAUGGCAUCCCAAACUUCGAGUCUAAAGGGGGUUGUCGUCCUUUUCUCAAAAUCUACCAGGCCAUGCAGCCCGUCUACACAUCUGGGAUCUAUAAUGUUCAGGGCGACAGCCAGACGAGCAUCUGCAUAACCAUUGAACCUGGUCUUCUUCUGAAAGGGGACAUCCUGCUGAAGUGCUACCACAAGCGCUACCGUAGCCCGUGCCGAGAUGUGAUAUUCCGGGUGCAGUUUCACACCUGUGCCGUUCAUGACCUGGGGAUCAUCUUCGGGAAGGAUGAGCUUGAUGAGACAUUCAAAGAUGAAAGGUUUCCAGAAUAUGGAAAAGUAGAGUUUAUUUUCUCGUUUGGGCCAGAGAAAAUACAUGGUCAAGGUGUGGACCACCUGGAAAACGGGCCGAGCGUCUCGGUUGACUACAACACACAGGAUCCCCUGAUCCGCUGGGACUCGUAUGAAAACUUCAAUCAGAACUGUGAGGACACCACAGAUGAAGUCAUCCAUACCCAAGGACCCCUGGACGGCAGCCUCUACGCCAAAGUUCGCAAAAAGGAGUCUGUUGAAGGAACAGUCACAGCAAAUGGCCUGCCACCCACUGCUGUUGAACAUGCCCUACCUGCGGUUGACCAUGCCUUAUCAGUAAGCAGCGACUCAGGAAACUCUACUGCCUCCAUCAAAACUGACCGAACUGAUGAAGCAGCAGCAGUCCCUCAGGUUUCCAGAGUGAGCCAGACACACGUUCCUGUGGUUGAGGAGUCACCAUCAGUCCAUCACCAAGCCCCACCUGCGCAACAACCAAUUAGUCCCCAAGAGAAACAGGAGCUGGAGCAGCUGCUGAGUGGCUUGGAGGGGCCCAUGCACCAACAGGGCUACCUGUCCACCCCAACAUCAGCUGUUGGAGGGAUGCUUCACCUGGUGCCUGCUCAGGUCCAUGUCAAUGGGCACACUAGCAUUGACCGUGAAACAGACAUUUUAGACGAUGAGCUACCUACCAGUCAAGAGGGCAAUAGUGUGGACAGUCUAGGAACAUUCUCCUCCACAGAUGGUAGGGCUACACCAGCUGAUCUGUACUACCAGACUGAGUCCCUUGUCAAUGGCCAGGACCAUGUGCCAUAUCUAGAGCGCAGCGUCCCCGAAAAGCCUCUGGAAACCGUCCAGCCACAUGUUGGCAUAUCUGACAAACCUGUCACUUUGACCCAAAGUGAUUUAGCCAAAUCAUCUGGUACUUACAUGGCCACCCAGAAUGGCAGUCUGUACCGUUCUCAGUCAUUUGGUGCAGAACCAAAAUCUAUGCCACAAGCUCCAACCCGCACCACCAGUAGCAGGGAUGCCGUCCAGCGUGGUCUUAACGUUUGGCAGCAGUUUGGUGUACCUGAUGAGCCAGUAACUGAAGGGUUCACUUUUAGUCCACCUCCUUCUGUAGCAGUGAUGCCCAGCCACCACAGUCUCCCACAGUUCCCUCAUCGCCACAGCACCUCCCAGCAAGAAAUUGAGCAAUCUAUUGAAACCCUUAAUCUCCUCAUGUUGGACCUGGAACCAGGGUGUUCGCUGGUGCCAAAGUCCCAAAGUGCUCCACUGCGGGAAAACAGUGUUGUAGUGACCACCCAGCCGUCCUUUUCCCAGAGCCAAACCAGGCCCACCUACCAGGGUGAUGCCGCCAUUCAUACCCACUUUUCGGGUCCCAUGUCCAGCCUGGCAAGCCACUCGUCAACAGCUCAGAUGUCACCUGGGAAGCCUAGAACACCAGAGCCUGCACCUGCCCAGGGAUCUCUGAGUUACAGCUCUGAAACCUCUGGAACUAGUCCUCCCUCACAAGACUCCCUUCCUGUAGCAGGCCACGUCCAGCUGAAGCCCAUCAACACCUACCCUCCAAGCACACUGUCCCAUUCUGCAGACAUCUCUGAGGCCCAGAGAAGCCCUAGUGCUGCGUCAGCAUCACUCCAGCCAAGGGACAGUGAGCCCGAUGAAGUCUUCAAUGUUGAAGGUCUGGUGGCUCAAAGAGUGGCUGAAUACUCGGCUCGUGCCCAAAGUGUCAUCCCCAGCAUGACCUCUUCUCAGUCUGAGCACCGCCGUUCUCACUCCCUCCCGGGUGUCCAGGCCCGUGCAGUGUCCUUGGAUGAGCCUGCAACUCUGCCUCGCCAUCGCAUCGUCAGUGACGGCCAUUAUCAAAAUGGCCCUGACGACAGUCCCUCACCUGAUAUCCUAGUUCGUUCCCCCAUUCGAUGCGUUUCUCCAGAGUUUGCCAAUGCCAUAGCGAUGAACCCCGGAGGACGGCCUAAGGAGAGAAAUAUGCACAGCUACCGGGAGGCCUUUGAGGAAAUGGAAGGAGUCCCCAUUAAUCCUACACCCACAGUUGGUGGUGAGGUGUUUCCCCAAACCCCUGCCUUCCCCAUCUCGCCGCAAACCCCUUACUUCAACCUGUGUCGGUCCCCUCCUGGUCUUGCCAAGACUCCGCUGUCAGCCCUGGGAUUGAAGCCCCACAACCCAGCAGAAAUCCUCCUGAAUCAAACAGGCUCAGAUGAUGAGAGCAGUGAGGGUGAGGAAGCACCAAGAAGCUAUGUUGAGUCUGUGGCGAGGUCGGCAGUAGCAGGUGGAGAGCAGCCCACAUCACCUCUGAGCCUUAGCCCACUGGGAGAGACUACAAGCCAGCAGAGAGGUCCAAGUCAAUCGACCCACACACUGAACCCACCUUUGUCCAGCAGCAGUCCCUUCCAGAGCUCACAGGGUGAACACCCCUCAGCACACUGCAAUGUUAGCACUCCGUCCCAACCCACUACUGAUUCGAGCUUCCGCUCCCAGGCUACAGAGAGUGCCUACCCCACUCCAACCCCCUCAUGUCCAGCCGUGAAUACUCCCACCUCUUCCUACCUGGAUUCCAGCUCUCCAGCCUCUUCCUACCUUGGCACUACUACCCCCACACUGUCCUACCUUGGCCCCAACAACCUCCUGGGAAACUAUGUUGCCUCAGAUCCAAGCCUGUCCACCUCAGAACCCUCCCAGACCACACUCAGCCAUGGAAGUCCCCAUGCACAGCACUGGACCAACACCCUUAGCUCCACUCAUAGUCCUGUCCUCCAGCAGCGCUCGAGUGCUAAUCAGGAUGGCUCCAUCAUGGGUCAACAAACAUCAACAGCUAAUGGCUUUGAUGUGGGCAUGCCAGGCCUCAUGACAGGUGGCAGUCCCAUCCUCGGUCAUCGUCUGUCUCAGGGAGCUCAGAAUAGCCCAGUCCUCAGCAGACAGGCCUCUUUGGGACAGGGGUCUCAGCGGAGCCCUGUCUUCAGCAGACAGCCGUCCCUGGGUCAGCCCAUACAGAGCAGCCCUGUGCUCAGCCGACAGCCAUCUAUCACACACCCCCAAGGAAGUCCGGUUUUGGGCCGUCACCCAUCUGUGUCACAGGUGUCCCAGAGAAGCCCCAGUUUGGACCGUCACCCCAUGCACAGCGGUUACACCACCCCAGAUGAGAGACAUGGGAACCUGUCGAGACAGAGCAGCUCUUCGGGCUACCAGGGGCCACCCACUCCCUCCUUCCCCAUCUCGCCUGCAGGCUACCAGGAUGGGGGGAUGAUGGGGACGGGUGUAGGGUUCAGGCAGGGUAGCCCAGCCCCUGGUCUCCAGCCCCAGCUUCCAGAGAAGAGGCGCAUGUCUAGCGACGACAGACCAAACGGAGCUCUGUCCUAUGGCACGCUAAACGGAAAAAUAAUGUCCCCAGUGAGUGGAGGAAGCACUCCCAGCUACUUCCACACCCUCUCAGACUUCUCCAAGUUCAAUAUGCCCGACGAAAGCCCUGAGAGCAGGCUGAAUGUCAAGUUCGUCCAAGACACGUCCAAGUUCUGGUACAAGCCAGACAUUUCCAGGGAACAAGCUAUUAGCCUGCUGAGAGAGAGGGAACCUGGAGCCUUUGUUAUUCGGGACAGUCACUCGUUCAGGGGGGCGUACGGCUUGGCUAUGAAGGUGGCCUCUCCCCCGCCCUCCGUGCAUCAGAACAAGAAAGGUGACAUCGCCAAUGAGCUGGUGAGGCACUUCCUGAUCGAGAGCAGCCCGAAAGGAGUGAAGCUGAAGGGUUGUCCAAACGAGCCUUACUUUGGCUGCCUGUCUGCUUUGGUCUACCAACAUGCUAUCACACCAUUGGCCCUGCCCUGCAAGCUGCUCAUCCCUACCACAGAUCUCAUUGAGGAAGCACCAGAGGUCGCAACAACAAAUCCACUGGCUGAGAGGCUGAAACAAGGAGCAGUGCAGAGGGCCCCUGCUGAUUCCCAUGCAUGCAACGUGCUCUACAUCAACUCAGUAGAGAUGGAGUCCCUGACGGGCCCUCAGGCUGUUGCCAAGGCCAUAUCUGAGACACUGGCUGCCGCCUCUCCACCUACAGCCACCAUUGUGCACUUCAAGGUGUCUUCACAAGGCAUCACGCUGACUGACAACCAGAGGAAGCUUUUCUUCCGACGCCACUACCCCGGCAACACUGUCACGUUCUGCGAUAUUGACCCUCAGGACAGAAAGUGGAACAAGCCUGAGGGAGGCACAGCCAAGCUGUUUGGGUUUGUGGCGCGUAAGCAGGGAAGCACAACCGACAACGUCAGCCACCUCUUCGCUGAGAUGGAUCCCGACCAGCCUGCCAGCGCCAUCGUCAACUUCGUCUUGAAGAUGAUCGCCUCGCAGAAACAAUGAGAGCUGUCAGCAAACCCUGGCGCUUUUUUUUAAUGCCUUUGGUUAUUUUCUUUCCUUUUAACCACAGACACUUUCUGUUUUGGAAAAUUUGCGUUUGACGCACCACCUUGUUUUUCCUGCUCUUUUACAUUUAGGCAAUUGUGUAGCUGUGUGUGUUUGUGUAUGUAAGCGAAUGAAAGAGAGCAAGACAGAGUGUGUGUGUGCGUGUGUGGUGUGUUCGUGCGUAUGCGGCUUGCAUUCAUGUGCUUUUCUUCUUGGAUGGACUCCAGAAUGGACCAGAGGAAGUGCAGGAUGGGGAAGUGGCUGUGUGUGACAAUGGGAUGGGAGGUGAUUUUAAUCUCCCUGGCAGGGUAACUCAUGGACAGGAAGAGGGAAUGAAAUUGUGUGUGCAAAUGUUAUUUUUUUAGCAAUUGUUUCAUUUUUAUUUUUUUAAAGAAGAAGUGAAGUUGUGUGAUGUAAAAGUGGGUUGUAUAUCUAUCAGGCUUUUGACUGGUCAACCAAAGAUUUUAAAAAAGUUGUCAGGGCGUGUAUAGUGUGCCAUUGUCAGAGGGUCAGAAGUAUUUUGUAAAACAAAUAUGGCUGCUUAAUCAAAAAUACUGAACUGUUUCUUUCUGUAUGUACUGGUCAAUUCUGCAUCUUGCAAACAAUGUUUUCGGACAUUUUUGCAGCUGGUGAGGUCUAUGUAAAUAUUCUAGAUUGCUUUAUGAGUAGGACUGUUCUAGAUGACAUUUGGUGCCUGACUUUUUUUCUAAUGCAGAGCUUUUUAAGAAAAAAGAAGAAGAUCAAUCUCACCCAGGCUGUCUUAAAUAUGCAAAUAGCCAAACUUUGAAAUAAGGUUGUUCUCCCAAAUUCCACAGGUCCUUCCCUGUUCGACGUAGUAGCGUAGCUAAAGAUGCAACUGAUGUAAUUCCUCUGAAGUGCAGCUAGAGUCUGACAAAAUCGGCUAAACCUGUUUUUCGUGAAUUUGCUGUAUCCAAGUGAGCAUCAGUAAGAAGGCCACUGAAUCCUCAACAAUCACGUCUCGGGAUUCUGUUGGUCAGACAAGCUUCCUGUCUGCCACCAUCCUCUGUUCAGUCUGCACAGCACAUAGCCACACUAUUUUGCUCAUGAUUGAAGGGCCAAGGGUUGUUUUAUGGGGACAAUCUUAAUAGAGAAGUGUUGUCCUGCUAUACUGCUCUUCAGUUUUCUGUGUUGAAAGUUUCCGUCAAUAGAAAGAAGCUCUUUGCGUCAGCCGGCCAAAACUGUUAACACUCACACCCUACCCAAAAGUAAGCUAUACAUAUAAAUAAACAUAUAUAGAUAUAUAUAAAAACUUCCAAACAGUGACUUAAGAUAUUUAUUUUUUUGCUUUGUUGCUGUAUCUUAUCUUGUAUACAUGUAUUAUAAAGCAUACACCAAGAUUACUGAACGCGUGAAGAAAAAAAAUGCUUUUUAUUUUGGCUAAAGUCAAGAGCAUUGACAUAUAUAAGGUGUAAAGUGUGUGCAUUUAAAAGUGUAUCACUGUUGUUUUUGAAUGUUUUUAUUUCACAUUAUUACUUCCUUUUGUUAACCUUUUGUUUUCUUGGGGAGGCUUUUUGUUGUUUUUUUGUUGUUUUUUUUUUUUAAGAGAGGGGAAAUAUUUUGUAUGACAGAUUGUUGUUACUGAAGUCCAAAUUGGAGUUAUCCUAAAGUGAUGCCAACAAAAUUGUUUUAUUAACUUAAACCUGCCUAGAAAAUACGUUGUCCAAUUUAAGCACUUAAAUGUUGAGCUAUUCUCAUUGUGUUUCUACAGAAAGACGAGAUAUGGACGUUGACAGACCCAUUUCAUAUCAUCACUGCAUGUGUGGGGGGAAGACUUGCUAGUUCCUCAAUCCCCACAGCCUGGGACUGAUCCUUGUACAUGGAACAUUAUUAAGUUCAGUCAGUAGCUGCUGCCCUCAUGUGGUGUGGAACGCUCAUUACAAAGGAACCACUUUUAUUCUAAUACAGUGUUUUAGCUGUGAUUACGGCAGGUCAAAGGGUAAAUGUUUGAGUUAAAUUUGAUCACUGAGAAAAUGAACUAAAACUACGUUAAUUUAAAUGCUGAUUCUUAUGCUAACUUUCUUAGAAAAUUUGUUUUUUGUUUGCAUUUCAAAGUCCCAUUCAAGGAUUGAGUGUGUCGAGAUCACAUCUCCUUUCUUUACGCCUGAUACACUAGGAUCAGUUGGCAGCAUGAUGUAAAAUAAUUAGAUAAGGGUUAGUUUUUUGGGCCUACAUUGACUCAAAUGUACUCCUUCAAAAAUAUAAAAAAAAUAAGAAAUACAGCACUUACAGGACUUUUAUAUCUGACUAGAAUAUUCCAUUAUUUAUUAGCAGGCUCCUGCACGCUCAAGUCAGCUUGCCACCUUAGUGCUGCUGACUGUAAUGUGUACACAGUAUCCUCAAGUCUUACACGACCAGUCUUUUCAGAAAGAUGCCCAUAGUUAGUUAUCAUCAGGUUUUGAUUAUCAUGUGACGACUGUGUCUUGACUCUGCUUAUGAGACAAAACAAUCUAUAUUUUUGCCUACAAAAUGCUUGUUGAGAGGACUCCCUCUUCUUCAAACUGAAUGUUAGCCAUUUGUUUGCCAAGAUGGAAACUCCAGUGGCAUCUGCCCACUUUGACAGAUCAGUCUGGACUGUAGAAUGUGUGUGAAUGAGCUACUAUGUCUGUACAGAGCUUUGUCAUUUUUGAUUUGCUACAUUGUAUGGCUUUUACUAUUUCUGAUGGAAAAAAAACACAUUAAAAAGCAGUACAAAUCAAAA